GACACCAAUUGGACCAACUAUAUUCCACUUUGUUUGUGGUCCUUUCAGUAAUUAAUAUAUAUAAAUUGUCAACAGAAAUUGGGAUUUUCGCUUACCAGGAAUUCUGGGAAUUAGAUUCUCAUUCCAUGUUUUUCUUCUUGCUGUUGGCCUAUUUAUUUGUAGAUUCAGCGCUUGAGUUGGAUCACAGUUGGUGAAUUUGGAGUGGAGUUGAAUUCCUUCUUCUUCAUUCUAUUCUUGUGGAAGCAACAAUGAAUGCUUUAGUGGCAACCAACAGAAACUUUAAGCUGGCAGCUAGGCUACUGGGGCUGGACUCCAAACUCGAGAAGAGUUUGCUUAUUCCGUUCAGGGAAAUCAAGGUUGAAUGUACCAUACCAAAAGAUGAUGGCACUCUGGCAUCUUUUGUUGGGUUUAGGGUUCAGCAUGACAAUGCAAGAGGACCCAUGAAGGGAGGAAUCAGAUAUCAUCCAGAGGUUGAUCCAGAUGAGGUGAAUGCAUUAGCACAGCUGAUGACAUGGAAAACAGCAGUGGCAAAUAUCCCAUAUGGUGGUGCUAAAGGUGGGAUAGGAUGUAAUCCAGGGGAUUUAAGCAUUUCUGAGCUAGAGCGACUUACCCGAGUUUUCACUCAAAAGAUACAUGAUCUCAUAGGAAUUCACACUGAUGUUCCUGCUCCAGAUAUGGGAACUGGUCCACAGACUAUGGCGUGGAUACUAGAUGAGUACUCAAAAUUUCAUGGUUACUCUCCUGCAGUUGUGACUGGAAAACCUAUUGAUCUUGGUGGAUCUUUAGGCAGAGAUGCUGCCACUGGAAGAGGAGUCCUCUUUGCAACAGAAGCCUUGCUUAAUGAGCGUGGGAAAUCCAUAUCCGGACAACGAUUUGUCAUACAGGGGUUCGGGAAUGUGGGUUCCUGGGCUGCCCAACUGAUAAAUGAACAAGGUGGAAAGGUUGUUGCUGUAAGUGACAUUACUGGAGCUAUAAAGAACAAAAAUGGAAUUGAUAUUCCAAGCCUACUUAAACAUACCAAGGAAAACAAAGGUGUGAAAGGAUUCCAUGGCGGGGAUCCCAUCGAUCCCAACUCUAUAUUAGUAGAGGACUGUGAUAUUCUCAUUCCGGCAGCUCUUGGGGGUGUCAUCAACAGGGAAAAUGCAAAUGAAAUAAAAGCUAACUUCAUCAUUGAAGCUGCUAACCAUCCAACCGAUCCAGAGGCUGAUGAGAUUUUAUCAAAAAAAGGAGUCGUCAUUCUUCCAGACAUAUAUGCAAAUUCAGGAGGGGUUACUGUUAGUUACUUUGAAUGGGUGCAGAACAUACAAGGGUUCAUGUGGGACGAGGAGAAAGUAAACAAUGAACUCAAGACAUAUAUGACUAAAGGUUUCAAAGAUGUGAAGGAAAUGUGCAAGACCCACAAUUGCGAUCUUCGCAUGGGAGCCUUCACUCUAGGAGUUAACCGUGUUGCAAGAGCUACUGUUCUUAGAGGUUGGGAAGCCUAAGGCACCUUCUACUCAAAAUAAAGAUGGAGGCUUCAAUGAUGCUCCUAAUUCAUGUCCAGUAAUUUGGUGUUCCUCGUGCUUUCUGGGGAACUUUUACCAAGGUUUUUUUUUUUUUCUGUAUUGUCUUUAUUUCCAUCUGAGCUCUUAGUCUGAAGGCCAUUGCUAUUAUUUCAUAAUAAUUGUUCAAAGAAUAGAAGGAUACCUGAAAUUGUGUUGUUCAGACUAGAAGCAUUAGAUUGCUCUGGUCAUGAUGAACUUUUGUGUAGUUUCUGUUCUUACCAUUAUAACUCGCUCAGCAGCUCCACCGUUUGUGAAAAA